UGACUAUUCUUUUUUAAUGUGAAUGAACAAUUGGUGAUAAUUGGAGUCUUGUUCUCAUUAUCUGAGCUCUUUCAUGGAGGCGUCUUCAGUCCACGGAGCUCGGAAUUCCUUCCAUUGUGCCAAGGAGAGCGCGGCUGAUUCCACCGCUCAAGAAGAUUUUUGUGAGCCAUCUGAGGAACUCUCAGAGAAUCAAGACAAGUCUGAGGUCUAUAUGGCAUGUGUGAUGAAUGGUCAUAGAAUUGGGGUUUCCUAUUACGACUCCAGCAUACGCCACCUCUAUGUAAUGGAAAUUUGGGAAGAUGGGAAUGAAUACUUUCCCUUGGUUGAUAUGGUAAAAUACCAAGUGCAACCUGGAGUCAUCUACACUAGCACAAAAACAGAGGAGUCUUUCUUGUCUGCCUUACAGAGAUGUGAUGAAGCAAGUAGGUCUGCCACUGUAAAGCUGGUAAAGAGUUCAAUAUUCAGCUAUGAGCAAGCAUGGCACAGAUUGAUGUACCUUCAGGUCACAGGGAUGGAUGAGAGCUUAACUAUCAAAGAGAGGAUUGCCUUUCUGAGUUCUAUGAUGGACAUUAGCAGUGAUGCUCAAGUGCGCGCAAGUGGAGGGCUUCUCGCCAUACUGGAGGAUGAAAGGAUAGUAGAUACCCAUGAACAAAAUGAAUUUGGAAAUGCAUCUAUUGCUAUUGACUCCAUUGGUGAAAUUUCUUUAAAAAAAUUUCUGAAACUUGAUUCAGCUGCCCAUGAGGCAUUACAAAUAUUCCAAAUAGACAAACAUCCUAGCCAUAUGGGGAUUGGGAAAGCAAAAGAGGGGUUCUCCGUAUUUGGAAUGAUGAAUAAGUGUGUUACACCAUUAGGAAGACGUCUUUUGAGGAACUGGUUUCUGAGGCCCAUACUGGAUCUUGAUGUUUUAAAUGCCCGGCUUGAUGCUAUAUCAUUUCUCUUGUAUGCCAAAGAACUAUCAUUUUCCUUGCGUGAAACAUUGAAGUCAGUGAAAGAUGUUCCCCGCAUACUGAAGAAAUUCAACUCCCCAAGCUCUACAUGCAUGAAUACGGACUGGGCUGCUUUUCUGAAGAGUAUUUGCUCACUCUUGCAUAUCAACAAAAUAUUCGAAGUGGGCAUUUCUGAAGAUCUUAGAGAUCAGUUGAAGUCUUUGAACAUAGGUAUUGUUAAUAAGGUUGCCGAGGACCUUUCAAGUGAUCUGGCUUUUGUUUGUGAACUGGUAGUUGGUGUUCUUGAUGUAAAUAGAAGUAAAGAGAAGGGUUAUGAGACGAUUGUGAAAGACGGUUUCUGUGAUGAGUUGGAUGAGCUGAGGCAAAUAUACGAAGGAUUGCCUGACUUUCUGGACGAGGUUUCAUUAAUAGAACGUGCAAGACUCCCUCACAUGAUGGGAGAUAAGGGCGUCCCUUGUAUUGUCUAUAUGCAUCAAAUAGGCUUCUUAUUCUGUAUUUUCAAUAGAAAACUUGAUGAAGAAAUGCAAGAGAAACCUCCUGAUUUUGAGUUUUCUUUUGUCGAUGAGGAUGGAGAUAACAAGAAGUUCUUUUACCGCACCUCAAAAACACGAGAGUUGGAUACCCUUCUUGGAGAUAUAUACCAUAAAAUCCUGGACAUGGAGAGAGCAAUUACAAGGGACAUAGUAUCACAUGUCCUACAAUUUGUAGUUCCCAUCCACAAUGCUGUUAAUUUUGCAGCUGAGCUUGAUUGCCUCUUAUCAUUAUCACUGGUUGCUCGUCAAAACAACUAUAUAAGGCCAACCUUGACUGCACAAAAUGUUCUUGACAUACAUAACGGAAGACAUCUUUUGCAGGAAAUGACAGUUGAUACAUUCAUUCCCAAUGAUACAAAGAUUUCAGAAGAAGGAAGGGUUAAUAUCAUAACAGGGCCUAACUAUUCUGGUAAAAGUAUAUAUGUAAAGCAGGUCGCAUUAAUAGUCUUUCUUUCCCAUAUUGGAAGUUUUGUACCAGCUGAGGCAGCAACAGUGGGUCUAACUGACAGGAUAUUUUGUGCAACGGGAAGCAAGUUUAUGACUGCUGAACAGUCAACGUUUAUGAUUGAUCUGCAUCAAGUGGGAAUAAUGUUAAGGCAUGCAACCCCUCAUUCCUUGUGCUUGUUGGAUGAAUUUGGAAAGGGCACUCUCGCUGAAGAUGGCAUUGGUGUCCUUGGUGGAGUUAUAAAUCAUUUUGUAUCCUGUUAUGAACCUCCAAAGGUUCUUGUCUGUACUCAUUUGACAGAGGUAUUCGAUAGUGGAUGCUUAUUGGAGUCCAAAAGGAUCAAAUAUUACACCAUGAGUGUGUUAAGUCCAGAAAAAGGUUCUGGUGAUCUUGAAGAUGUUGUAUUCUUGUAUAGGCUGGUUCCAGGCCGUGCACUUCUUAGCUUUGGAUUACAUUGUGCACUGCUUGCAGGAAUACCCCAAGAAGUCGUUAAGCGAGCAGUGGCUGUUUUGGAUGCUCUGAAAAAUGACCAGCAUAUUGAUCGGCUGCAUAGUGAGAAUGUAUUGGUUCGUGAUCAGCAUUACAAGGAUGCAGUGGAGAAGUUGCUAGCCUUUGAUGCAAUGCAUGGAGACAUGCGCCAGUUCUUUGAAAACAUUCUUCCUUCAUAGUUUCAAGAGUGCUCGCAUUACAUCCAGUGUCUCAUACUCUCAUCUCCUUGCAUGCAAAACCUGUUGAUAAAUAUUUGAUAACAUAUAUGAUAGAAUGUUAGAUGAGGGCUUUCCUAAAAUACUAUUGAAAUAAAAUUUAUGAAGAAAAAUGUGACUAAAUUUACUAUGAGUAUACCUUCAUGAUCAUUGCUGUCUAGAAUUGAAUAUAAUCACCCACAAACAGUGACUAUUUUAGUC